AUACCACCACGCCUGGCUAAUUUUUUCUAUUUGAAGUAGAGGCGGGGUCUUGCUCCUGCUUAGGCUGCCCUUGAACUCCUAAGUUCCAAUGAUGCUCCCGCCUCGGCCUCCCAGAGUGCUAGGAUUAGAGACGUGAGUCACCACACCCAGCCUGGACACAUACUUUUUUCAAUAUAUUUUGCUUAAUUUUUUAUUUUAAAAGUGAUUCCAAAUUUAUUUUAUUUUCCACUGAGAAGUACCUACUUUGUGGGUAAUCAAAUAAAUAGUUGUUGAGCUUGAACUAAAAAAUUAUUUAGUAUUUAGCCAAAACAAUUUAAUAUAAUUUUACUUGGGUUUUGUCUAUAUUAUAUAUGAGGAAAUAAUAUUAACAUUUACUGGCUGUCUACUUUCUAAGAGACAUUUAUACAUGUUAUGUUAUAUUAUCUUAUUUAAUCCUCACAAUAACCCAAUAAGGGAAACAUUCCUUUAGGGAGGAAAUGGUAACUCAGAAGUGCAGGACCUUGGCUAAGGUCAUACAAGCAAACAGAACAUAUCACUCACUGCUUAUGAAAAGAAAUCUGACUAUAGGUAAUAACCUAACUGGCAGCUUUUCCUUAGAACACAUAAUUUCCUCUUCAGGGAUCCAUGCUAAAUAUUUUAAUUAUAUAAUCAUAUUAUGAGAAUCUCAAAUGUUUAUUUACAAACAUUAAUUAAAAGCACUCAAAUCAUAUAGCUUCAAAUUGCUUUUCAAUGUAAGUUCUGUUAAAGUAGUACAGUUCUCAGUCAUCUUGUGGCUUAUUGCACUUCCGGAACCAGCUAUUGAUAAACUUCCUCUUGUACAGAAAUUAUUUCAGUUUGCUACCAGGACCAUUUUUAAUCUGAAUUGAACCACCCCUUUUGCUUUCUUAGCCAAAUCACCAAAAUGUCCAGUUAGAAGACUUUAGCAUUCUCCAAAAGAAGUUAUUGCAGCUGAGAGGAAACAUUCUGAAAUGGAGCCCAAGUAUUUCAUCUUAAUUUUGCUUUAUGGACACCUGGAUAACACAUUUUUCUCAAAGACAGAGGCAAUUCCAACAGAGAUGCCUACCUUAUUUAGAUCAUCAGCAUCAUAUGUCUCGGCUAAUUCUCAAAACACAAGGAAUCCUUCAGGUCUACCAACACAAUUCAACAACAUUUCUUCUGGACAGCCAACACCAUCUGCCAAAGUUGUUGAUGGACAACCAACACCAGCUGUCCAUGUCUCUUCUGGGGAACCAGCUGCACACACUUCUGCUGGACAAUCACUUGCCAAUAACAUCACGAAAUCACCAAUACCAACGGUCAAUACCUCCUUCCGGCAAACAGCACUACCUGUGUUCACCUCUGCAAGACAAAUACCACCAUCUGCCCAUACUUCUACCAGAAAAUCACCAACAUCAUUUGUCUAUACUUCCACUCAACAACCAUCAUUAUCUGUCCACACCCCUUCUAGAAAACCAGUACCACCAACUGUUCAUAAUCCAUCCACAGAACCAACAUCAGUGAUCAAAAAUUCACCUAGGGGUACACCGGGAUUCAUCUUACAACCUACCAGUAACAAAGAAACCUCACAUAAAACCAAUUCUAAUUCAAUAGCUGCCAUAUUAAUUGGUGUAAUUCUGACUUCUCUGUUGGUGGCUAUAAUCAUGAUUGUACUAUGGAAAUGCUUGAGAAAACCAGCUUUAAAUGACCAAAAUUGGGCAGGCAGGUCUCCAUUUGCUGAUGGAGAAAUCCCUGACAUAUGUAUGGAUAACAUUAGAGAAAAUGAAGUAUCCACAAAACGUACAUCAAUUGUUUCACUUAUGACCUGGAAACCCAGCAAAAGCACGCUUUUAGGAGAUGACUUGGAAAUUCAGUUGUUUGAAUCAAGUGAAAACAUUGAAGAUUCCAACAACCCCCAAAAAGAGGAAAUAAAAGAUCAAGUAAAUGGUACAUCAGAGGAAAGUGUGGGUGGAUCAACAAUUGGCACAGCUAUUUCUUCUUCAGAUGAUACAGAUCUGCCUCCACCACCUCCCCUUCUUGACUUGGAAGGACAAGAGAAUAACCAAUCUGACAAACCCACAAUGACAACUGUAUCUCCUCUUCCAAAUGAUUCUAUCAAUUUCCCUCCAUCUCUGGACUGUCUCAGUCAAACAUGUGAAGAACCUAAACAGUCUGAGACCAAACAGUCAUUUCCACCUUCCCCUGACUCACUUAACUUGGUCCAGCCGCCAGUGGAUUUUAUGAAAAAUCAGGAAGAAUUCAACGUUGAGAUCCAGAGCCAGGAGUUCUCUGUUCCUCUUGACUCUGAUCAAGAUCUUAAUGAAUCCCUGCCACCUCCACCUGCAGAACUGUUAUAAAUUUUACAAAGUGCUUUUAGGCUGAUCUUCCAUCCUUAAAUGACUCCAUCUUUUAUUUUUCUUCAUAUAAUGAGAUAUAUAAAAUGGCAGCUGGUAGUCAAUUUUAAUUUUUAUUCAGGAACUGUGUGAAAUCUGCUCAAAGCCCAUGUGGAUAGGUGGAACUUUCUUUAAAAAAGUUAUUUAACAGUGAACUAUUUACCAGUUACAGUAUCUGUCUUUAAAAUAUAGUACAUUUUACAUAUGUGGAUGGUAUAUAUGUCAAUAACUUAACCAUUCUGAAACAAGCAAACUAUAUAUACUUGUUAUUACCCAAUAGAUAUUUUUUCCUAAAAAGCUAUGUAUAAACUUUUGAAUAAACUUAUUUUUUCAUUUCAAA